UCGUGACGCCGGAGGGUGAGGACGUACGAAGCACGAGCUCAAGGGUGGAAGAAAUUUUUCACUUAGGGGAGAAAUUAAUUUUUUUGACGGGACAAAUUUGAUUUUGAGUGUUUUUGCAAGAAGUGGGACGAUGCAUCAGCUUGUGGCGUUCUUGGGGCUCGUUUUCAUAGCUGAGACGACGGGAGCUAUUAAUGCUAAGGGAUGCACGCCUCUCGAUUCGUGGACUUUUGAUAAGAUCGUUCCAAAAUUCAAAGCAGCUAUAAUCAAAUUCGACAUCGCUUACCCAUAUGGCAAAAAGCAGGAGGAGUACACCAAGCUGUCUGCUGCAGGGAGAGGCUCAGUAGAUCUCCUUGUGGCAGAGGUAGGAGUGAAAGACUAUGGAGACAUGGAAAAUAUGGACCUAGCUGAGAGAUUCAAUGUUAAGAAGGAUGAUUUCCCAGUGGUGAAACUGUUUCUGAGUGGGCAUGAGGACCCAAUUGACUUUGACGGGGAUUUCACUGAUGAGGAGUUGAAGAAGUUCAUCCGGCGUCACUCUGAGGUCUACAUCGGGCUGCAGGGUUGCCUAGAGGUCUUUGAUCGCAUUGCUGAUAAGUUUAUUGCCACAGAAAACCUGAACGAGAGAAAGAGUCUGCUGAGAGAAGCAGAGGAUGAGUGGGACAAGAUCAAAAGCCAGUCCGACCAGAAGAUUGCGGAAACAUAUGUCAAGAUUAUGCGACGGGUGGUGGAAAAAGGGAGCGACUUCAUAGAUCUUGAGAAGACGAGGGUCAGAGGAGUGAUGGCUGGACAGAUUACGAAAGAAAAGAGAGAUGAGAUGGAGGGCAGGUUAAAUAUUCUUAAGUCAUUUGCACAUGAUGAAUUGUGAGUGACUAAAGGCUAAAUCAUCAUUCUAUUUAUCUCAUGUCACUUGGGUAUCCCUAUAUAAUUUCUUAGAAGGAAAAGGGACUCUCAGUUGUAUUUGAUACCAAAUAUUAAAACUUUUGAAGGAGUUCGGGUAAUGGUUGUGAGAGGGCAAUAUUGCAAGCAUAAUUGCAGAAACAAUCAGCUUUUAUUAGGUAUUUUUUGUUGAGGUAAGAACUGCAGUGUAUAAAUUAUACAUAUUAAUUCAGGAAGUAAGAACUGAGUGAAUGUUUGUUUAUAUGGUAAAAUGUAUGCAUUAUUUUCAGGUUGACAGUAUGGCGUUUAUGAAGUUAUGUCAGCACAUUGGAUAUGUAGCAUAAAUGUAUUAAUCAUUUUGUAAUGCCAUGUUACUAUGCUUUAACAGAGCAUAUAUCACAAAAUUAAUUGUUGUUACUGCUAACUUGUUUAUGUAUUAUUGGUAAUUAUCCAGAAUAGAACAUCACACAUAGAAAAAGGAAAAUUACUGUGAUGGGCAUAAAGAACACAACACUAUUAUGUAUGAAAAAUAGUCUGCACAAAGUAAGGUAAGCACACAAUCGCUCAUUCAAGUCUGUAGAUGUAUUCAUCAAGUAAUGCCAUGGCCUUUGCACUUCACUCUAUAACAAUGAUUAACAAGCCUUCAAAUGUAUAUUGUGGCAAGGUAGAGGUUCUUGGCAUCCUUGGUGAUUUAUCAGUAGUUAAGGAACCAAUCCAUGCUCAGUCUUGUGAAGAACUAUGUGGUGAAGGUUAUAGUUGACCUUUCCUUUAGUAUGUAGUGUAGAGGCCAUGGCACAGUUUGAUGGGAUCCUAUACUGGGUAAUUAACCUAGUAUUGCUAUACUUUUAACUUGUUUUACUUUUUAAAAAUCUAUGCAUUUCAAUGGAAUCUAGAGCAUUUCAGUGGAUUUCAUACCAGCUAUUCAGUGGUAAGCUUUGCUUCUCAUUUCAACACUGGAGAGGUACAAAUUUUGUAAAUCAAAGGAAAUUCCAAAUUUCAAACCAAGUGUGGGCUUAUACUUGGAUUGCUUUAGACGAGAUAUAAAUAAAAUUCAUUACUCUGCUUCAGAUGACUAAUAGUUAAGGCAAUAGAUUUAUUGUCUGGGAAUGACAUUGAUCUGAAGUAAAAUGGGGGAAAAGGAUGCCAUUCAGAGGCACAUGUCCAUUAAUCACUAAUGGUGCUCAUCACUUUCAUAAAUAAGUGAAGUUUGAAAGGGGAUGGUUUAGAUGCCACUGCAAGGUUUCUGUGUACAUCUUAGGUAUGUGAAAAUAAGUUUGUGUCCAGAACAUAGCAUCAUUGUUAUUUUUUAACAUAGUUAUUGAAAAGUUUUACAUUUUGUCAUCUGUAUUGUUAUUCACAAAUGCAUUUCACUCUGUUCAAAUGAGUACAAUGGUAUCACAGACCACUCAAUAUUGUUGUAUUAGAGUUGGCUGAGGGAUCAAUUGCUAGGCAAGUGGAGUGUAGAAUAUUGAUCAGCAGUAAUUUCAGUAAAAGGUUAUGGGAACAGGAACAGCUGGAUGUCUCAGCUGGAUAAUUCAUACCUGAAAAGAAAAUGGCAGCUUUACUGAUAAUUUUGUCUGAAUAAUAUACUGUAGCCUAGUCAUGUUAGUGUCGACAAAUCUUUUAUCUUUGCGCAUAUAUCUAAAGCUUUCAUUCUCUGAUUUAUUUAGUUGCAGAAUCUCUACAAGCAUAUGGUAACUGCAUUUAUUUUGUUAUGGAUUUAAAUGUUUAGAUAGGUAACAUUAUUCACAUACGUGUUAUGCAAAUGAUACACAUUUUUCAGGACAGACCAACCAACUACUUUGGUGCUGAAUAAGGAAUGGCUAAUGUGAAUGAUCAAUCAUGAAUAGGAUUUACUGUACCUCUGUUGAUUUUUUUUGUGUGUAUUCUUAAGAAUGGUGUUUGUUAUGAGUAGGUGAGUAAAUUUAUCAUAAAGGCAAUACAUCUACAACAUUAAAUUCAGCUCUGUCAAAACUUUCCACCAUUCAAACAUUGAACACCAUUAACUUGGAUAGUCAAAGGGGGUACAGGAAAUUCAGUUCUGCAACUGUACCUAGAAGAUUGUAUUCUUUUAUUUAUAUGCUUCCUUAUUGUCAUGGUGUACUGUAGUUUGUACUGCAGAUCUUUAUCAGAAUGUAUGAUUUAUAAAGGAGGGCAUUGUAGAAUGACUUAGGCAAGGCUAAGGGAAGUGUGCAUUAAAGAUUUUCUCUGUACUUCAAGUAGAUAUCUUAAAUUAAUUAAAGUUGGUUUGAAGUGUGACCAGUUUAGAAAGGUAGGUGUUAGUAAAUAGUAGAGAGGGAAUAUCUGUUAGUAUAUAGGAGAGAAGGAAUAUUUCGGAAGUAGUAAAGAUAGACAUCAUAAUAUAAUGCACAAUAGUUCAGAACACAAAUAGUUAACAGCAAAUCAUUGUCAAUAGAAAGUAUAGCACUGAGAUAUCAUAUUUGUAUCAGAUAACUUAAAUUGCUUUUAAUACUAGUUCACAGAUGGUUUUGUUAUAUUUUAUAAAUAAUUCUGUCAAGA